AUGCGGCGCGGGAAGGUUAUUAUGACUGACGGCGCUCGUGGUGGUGUGGGGUUGGAUGGAGAGGGUGUGGGGGAGGUGACGUCCAGAGGGUUCGUUAGCCCGCCAAGCGAGGCUGUGUCGGUGCGUCCGCGGGGCAGGCGGCUCUUGGCCCCGAGCCCGGCGCACGGAGAAAAGGAGCCUGCGAGCCUGCCCUCUGGGGUCCAGGCUCCUCUCCAGGCCUCCGCGGGCCUCGGAGCCAAUCACGGCCGCCUCUUCGCGCGUCGUUUCGGCUAUCACUUUGCUUUCUGCCUUUUGAUGUCCGCUUCAGACCUGGUGUUGCCGGCCGGAGAUAUGGCUCCAGUGCUGAUGGCCAAUUUCCGCCCGCUCCGCUUUAUGUGCAGAGCCAAGAGGACGUGGGACUUCCUAGGCGGAUUGGUGAGCGCUCCCACGGCCGUCGAUCUAGUCUGGCCGCCGACAGGGACGGAGACAAGCAAGCAGCCGGGAGUUGUCACGUGGCUGCAUGCUGCUCCAACAUCCCUAGGCUCUCAUAGGCGCGCCCUCAAGCCACAGGACCACUAUAAACUCGGGAUAUUUGGCCUCCCGGGCACGGAAACCGCGCACCCAAGCCCCGAACGGGCGCGGCAAGGCGAACCAGCAUGCGAGACGGUGAGAGGACGGCCCGGCGUCAAGCCGGGCGCGCCAAGCGGCACCGUUCGGCAACGUCUGGACAACCUCUAA